UUACUCCGAGUAUUGGUAAAUAUGAUCACGUGGGCGGCGGGGCCAAUGGCUGAGGCGGGCAGCCCGCAAAAUCCUGGGAUUGUUCUGCGGGCCGGGCGAUCCUCGACACUGCUCGGAGUCACCUAUUUUGCCUCCUCGCCCCCCCCUCCCCGUAUGCCGGCCCGACAUGUCUUCCAGCGGCGCCCUGAGUAACUACUAUGUCGAUUCUCUGAUAGGCCAUGAGGGCGAGGAAGCCUACGGAGGCGGCGGCGGCGGCGGCGGCGGCGGGGGGAGCGGCCGGUUCCUGUCAGGGGGUCCCCACCACCCCCAGCCCAGCCCCCGGGCGGCCUCAGGUGUGCUGGCCGAGGGCUCGGACUUCGCCUCCUGCAGCUUCGCGCCCAAGUCCGCCGUCUUCGCCGCCUCGUGGUCGGCCGUCCACCCGCAGCCGUCGGCGGCCAUGCCGGGCAUCUACCACCCCUACAUGCCCCAGCCCCACUUGGGGGGGCCCGGCGAGGGCGGCGGCGGGGGAGGCAGAUACGUGCGCUCCUGGAUCGAGCCCUUCGCCUCCUCCUUCCCCAGCAGCCCCAGACAUGGCGGGCACAACGCCGGGGCGCCCCCGGGCGCCGCCGCCUCCUCGGUCGCCGGGCGCCACUACGGGAUCGUCAAGCCGGAGACCGGCUCAGCAGCCGCCUCCUCCUCCUCGGCCUCCAACGCCGCCGCCGCCGCCUCCAGCGCCGCCGCCUCCUCUUCCUCUUCUCCUUCCAAAAGGACUGAGGGCGCCCAGCCCAGGGAGCCGCCGGCGGUCCCCCCCGGCGCCGGGCCCGAGUACUCCUGCAACCCUUUCCUGGCAGAAGCCCGCGAGAAGCCAGCCCUGGCUGCGGCGGGCAACGGCGCUCCAGCCGGCCCCCUCCCCAGCGCCGCCGCCGCCGCCGCCCCCAGCAAGCCGACCUCUGCCUGCAGCCGCAACCCCAGCCCGAGCAGCGACCCCCUGAAGGAAGAGAAGCAGCACCAACUCGACCCAAAUAACCCGGCCGCCAACUGGAUCCACGCGCGCUCCACCCGCAAAAAGCGCUGCCCCUACACCAAAUUCCAAACCCUGGAACUGGAAAAGGAAUUCCUCUUUAACAUGUACCUCACCCGGGACCGCCGGUACGAGGUGGCUCGGAUUCUAAACCUGACCGAGAGACAGGUCAAAAUCUGGUUUCAGAACCGGCGAAUGAAGAUGAAAAAAAUGAACAAGGAGAAAAACAAUAAAGGGGACUAGCGCCUGGGUGGUGUGAGUGGCGAUGGAGGUAUGAAUGCACGUUUGUCUGGUCUGUACGGGUGUGUUGGAAUGCGUGCCUCUCUGUGUGCGCGCGUGUGUAUGUGGAAUGCACUGGGGUUUCUCUCAAGGCGCACACACACGACUCUGGAUAGUAAUUAUUGUUAAUAUUAUUAUUUUCCCCAGGCGCAUUGGCUCAGAACGUUAAACUGAUCUGGUGGUUAUCUUUAUUCUGAUUUACGGUAGCAGUGAAUGUGGUCUGUGUCAGGUAUUUUUUUGGAGAGGAAGGGGGGCGGGAGGUCUCUACCUUGCUGGAGAGCGUCUUUCUGAACUUUCUUUUUCGCCCUCUCCCCCACCCACCCCAAUUCCCUUGUUUAUUUUCAAGAUAUUGUGGGUUGCACGUGGUGGUGGGGGGGGGGGAAGGGUGCCGUUAUCUAAAAUUAAAUGUUGGACAAUGCUUUUUCCAAGGGACCUAGUCUAGAGCGAGGGAGUGUACCCCCUCCCCCCAAAAAUUAGAAAAGGCAAAAAUGACGACGAAGACAGUAGUAUUGGAUGAUAAUCAGGAUUCCUUUGGUGGUGGUAGCCCGUGAUCCAGAAUUUCCCGAGGGAAAAAGGGAAAGAAAAAAAAAAGAAACCGUCUUCCUCCCCGAUUCUCUCCUGCACAUUUUGCUUGGCAAGGGACAAGAAGGACGAAAAGGAAAGCCCCUUCCUUCCUCGUGGCUGCACUAGAUUGAGCGCCGGGCCCAGAUGCAGCGGUCCGUUUCGCCAUACCUGAAAUCCUACCUAAGGACAUACUUCUUUUUUGUAACGGUGAUAAUAAAAGUUGGUGGAAUAAAAUGAAGAUUUUUCUCCCGC